CUUCCUUAUGUGGGCAGAUUGAUGAACCUGCCGACUGAGUGCAAGCGAUCUGCUACAGUUUUGGUUGUCCUUGUAUUGUGUGGCCUGGUCUCUGCUGUUCAGAAGUAGUGCAGCAAGUCAGGAGCCAAAUAGAAAGCAGAUUGUUUUCUGAGAUGAGCUACUAAGGGUUUCCAGUCCCCUGAAAAGAUGAAUCCUGCUUCGACUGCUCAAGUACUCUCUGAGCUAACAAAGCAGCUCAGAGGAACACAACGAUAUGAUGAAUUUGUUGCCAACUUCAAUAAGUGCCAGACUGACACUGAGAGGGUUGCUUGUCUCCACACUCUCCCAGAAACAUCUGAUCUCUUUCCCGUUCAGGAAGGGUACAAGUCAAAAAAUGAGAGAGACGCUGAGCUUCUUAGAGCCGAAGGUAAUAAGCUGUUCAAAGCCAAGGACUAUCCUUCAGCUUUUUAUAAAUACACCCAAAGCAUUCUCAAGGCCCCGAGUGAUUCUGCGAAUUUAGCACUUGCCUAUGGGAAUCGUUCCACAACAAAUUUCUACAUGAAAAGGUACAGAAUGUGUUUGGUAGACAUUGAGAUGGCUUUCAGGCAUAACUACCCUAGGACUACAUGUUACAAGUUGUACCAGCGUCUGGGACGUUGCAUGUAUUACCUGCAGAGGAAGGAAGAAGCGAUCAAAGCUUUUCAGCAGACCAUCAUUGUUUUGGGGUAUGCCCCUGAUAUUUCAGAGAAGAAUAAACAGGAAAUGAUCCAGGACAUGACUAAUGCCAUUGAAAAAUGUUCAGAGAUUACAUCACAAAAUAAUGAUGUAUUGUCGGAGAACUUUAAUGUGUGCCACCAAGGCAUACCUGAACUGUCUGCAGAUCCUAGCAAAGAAGUUCCCUCUGUCUCAGACAGUGUGGAAAUAAGACUGGACAGCUAUGGUGGUCGUGGGCUGUUCGCAAAGAGACAGAUAGAAAUUGGGGAGGUGCUGAUUGUGGAAACUCCAUUCUCCUCUGCACUCCUGAAAGAGUUCAACCUGAGUCAUUGCCACUACUGCUGUAACCGUGUGUUUCUUCCACUCCCAUGCCAUCAGUGCAGUGGGGUGGUCUUCUGUUCCCUACAGUGUCGAGACACAGCUUGGGCGAAAUUCCACUGGGCAGAGUGCAAGAUUUUGGAGAACAUUCAGGACUUGAAAGGGGACUUGGGCUUGCUGGCAUCGAGAAUGAUAUUGACAGCAAAGUAUGAAGAUCUGAUAACUCUUGAAGAAUCCGCAGCAGAAUGUGCCAUAGAGCGCUGUGCUGGCUUUAAUGCCGAGGGUGUGUACAGCUCCAGUGACUACUGCUCUGCCCAUAGUCUUGUGAACCACUCAGACAAACGUUCAUUUAAAGAUCUCCUGCAGAGGACAAUAUCUGCUGUUUUCUUUGUGAGAUAUUUAGAAUUCGUUGGUUAUUUUACCUCAGAAAAACGUCUUGCGUGUAAGGGCAGUCAGGACACAGCCAGUGGUGACUCUAUCAAACUUGCCAGUGAAUCAGAACUUUCAUCAAAGCAGGACAUUGUUGUUCCUUCUGACAAGGAAAAGUUGUUGAAGGAGAUGCACCAGGUCGGAGGUCACAUCCUGCGGAACAUCAUGAUGCUUCCCUGCAAUGCCCAUGAAGUCUCCGAGUUCUCUCUCAACCCGGCCAGCCCGGCAAUGUCUUGCACCGCUGAGCUAGCAGCAGCCAUAUACCCAGUCCUGAGCCUGGUCAACCACUCAUGUGACCCGUCUGUUGUGCGACAUUCAUUUGGCAACGUCUGUGUUGCCCGUGCUAUCCGCAGCAUCCGUGCGGGUGAAGAACUGAAGGAUAACUAUGGUGCCCUUUACCCGACCAUGGAGCUGGAGAAAAGACAGAAGGACCUCAGUUCUCAGUAUUUCUUCAGAUGUUCUUGCGAAGCAUGUGUAGAUGACUGGCCGCAGUAUUUCGAUAUCCCGUCUGAGCGACCAGUUUUCCGCUGUCUGGCCUGUUGCGAUGGCCAGGUGCCCAUCCCCCUGAACAACCUCACUGAGUCGGCAGCAUGCUUACGGUGCGGGAACAGUCAGGAUAUCACACAAGUUCUUCUUCAAAUGGGGGAGAUGGAGUCGAUGUACAAAGACGCACUCACGGCUGUCAUUGAUGGGGACAACAGCCGGUCGAACGUUCAGACUCUUCUCACCUAUCUGCGCUUUGUGGAACACCAAGUGAAAAGACCGUGGAGAGACAUUAAUGACAGUCAGGAAGCCAUUAAGCAAUGUCUGAAUAUGCAGGCCAACUGCUUUCCCAUGCAGUUAUAAUAGGACUUGUUUGUGCUUUAACUUCUUGAGUCCUGGGGCCGAUUGUGGCUGAGUUUUUAGAGCAAAAUUCUAAGAUUUGCACCAACUUGUGUCGAGGUGUACGUUCAGUGUACUGAAGAGUAAAGGUAGCACAUGCUUAAAUGUACAUGCUGCUGUUAACUCUAACCUAUUCACUGCCACAUAGUUUAUCCCGAGGUGGGGGGGGGGGGAGAGAAAAUUUGUAUUAUUGUCUAAGGUACUGAUUGUUCCCUUACAAAUGAUAGUAAGACUAGUAAGAGCCAUGAUACUUCACAGAUGAUUGAAAAUUUGGUUUUCUUUUAGCCUGUGAAAUUAAUAUGACUAUGAUACAGAUACAGUGAAGUAGAGCUCUUCAGUUGACUGUACCGAAACUGCUUUUGUGUAAGGCCUGUUUAUUUUGCUAGGUAAAAUCAGGUCAGGGACGAAGCAAAGAAAGUUUAGAAAGGGUUGUUGAAUAUAGUGCUAUUGCUGUGUAUGACUAUGAAAGGUUCCAAAUGAUGUUGAGUUCUGUGUGGUAUGUUCAGUACGUGCAAUAUCUGGCAGUUGUCUUCUGUGUAGUUAUGCAUGCAGUUGCAAGUGCUGUAAAACUUUUACCAAACUGAAACUUCUUUGGAGGCUGUGUGGGACAAGGAUAGCGAGCUACCUGCCUCUCCCAAAAAUGUUUUUUUUUUUCUUUGGGGGAGAGGGGGGGGGUGGGGGGGAGGGGAGUCACAAAAAUUUAAGAGUCACUGCGGUCUAGAUGGAGGUACAACACCUUGAGGAUUACUCCUCUAAAAUGGAAUAGGUUCCAUGAAUGUCUGUACUCAGAUGGAGUCAUAUUUUUUAAUAUAAAAAUAUAAACAAAAGUUGAGUUGGAUUUUGUACCAGGAACAAUUUUUUUUGGUAGUAUCAUUGACUUUCUUGCGCAAGGGCAUAAACAUUAAAACAUGAUCAUUCAUGAUCAUAUUCCCUCUGCUACCAAAAUAUUUUAGCACCAAGCGUAUUUUUUAAAAUCUGAUGCAUUGUUAGUUUUUUAUGCUCCCAUCUGACAAUCUGGGAGGAGAUUAGUUGCUUUGACCUGAUGUCAGGGCAGGCAAAGCCUUUGUGGGGUACAUCCCAACUGAUACUCGAUAAAAUAUCUUUCCAAUGUGUCCAUCCAACUCCUGAUACUUCACAGACGAUGGUUCGAUUUGACUUCAUGCUAAAACUGAGCAAAGUGCUUUGCGCUACAAAAGUCCAUCUCUGCACCUCCCGAUAAGCGACAAAGAAGAUAGGGUACCAUUCCUUGUAAAAGGUUGCACUCUUUGUAAGGUCAUUCAUACCGUAGUCAAGAACUGAACAUUCAUAAAUUACUUUUUAUUUUUUUAAUCCUCUGUUGCCUUUAUCGUAAAGUGUCAAGGGGAGAUGCAGUUCUCUACGGUAGGCUAGUCUGGCUGCUCUUUCAGUUGGGAUGUUAUUAUAAUUCCUCAGGGUUUCUUUGACUCUUGUGACAGAGGUAAUAUAUUCUGUGUUCUCUUUCUGGAUUGGUUCACACAGAGGUACACUGGUGGUAUAGCUGUCAAAAGUUUGUUGCAUUUCCGUUAUACUUUGAAGCUUUAUCAUGAUACCGUAUGGUGCUAUUAUAUAUUUAUAUUAUAUUUUGCAAUACUUUAAAAAUAUUUCUUCUAUUUUUUCAGUGUUUUGCUGUCUAGGAUCUGUUUUUCACUUUUUAAGAAAUAUUCGCCAAAGCUCAUGAAAAAAUUAAUGUUUGAUGUAGACUGAUGUCUUUGCUUUAAAAGUGAAUUCUUCUUACAUUUGUUUGUGUCUUGCUAGCGUGCAUUGGUUCACUCCCGGGUCUAUAGUUUUUUCAUAUAUGGAUAUAUGAAAAAGAUAACAAAUACAUGUGUCGUAAUGUAUGCUGAGGUUGUCAGAUAAAAAUACACCAUUUUGACAAGGUGAAAGAGAGAUGUUUAUAGUUCUCUGGUAAAGCAGCAUUGUUAGUAAUUUAGCUUACUGGGCUGGCUAGCUCAGCUCAAAUUAACCUAAAGAAUGAGUAUGUCUUGCCUGGACUUCCCGUUAGGCAGGCAUGUAUCACAAUGAAUUUCGAAACUCUGCGAUAGUCUAGCUUAGUUUAACUGAUUAAGUCAUGGUUUGUUUUUUAUUGAAGUGCUCAUUUAUUACAAUUUAUGGCCAUGCCUCCACCACCCCCCCCCCCCCCCCCCCCCCGACCUGAAAACUUUGUAAUUACUCCCUUCAUUCCCUUGGACAGCUUGUUAAAUCUCAAAUUACCUGGUACUUUUAUUCACUUUUUUUUAUCAUUUCACAUAAUCUAACUCUAUCCAUUGCUCCCAGUUCCCACGUACCCACUAGUGUCUAGGUGAAAAGAAGAAAAUGUGAUAAUAGAAAAGUACUUUUCCCUCAGGUUUUAGCAUCUUAUCUGACGGAGCCAGGGAUGAAACUCGCAUUUAAAAAAAAUUGUUGCACCUGUAUACUGCACAGUUCAUAUAUAUUCCUUAUUACUUGACAAUGGGAGUUUGUGACUAGAUCUUUUUUACAUUAUAUUCUCAUGGUUGUUUUGCUUUUGACGACAUGGAGCCAUGCUGUGUGAACUGAUGUUUUGUUUUCACUGACCGGCUGGUCUUUUGACAAUCUUUCUGUUGGUGUUACCGGCAACUCCUUAUGUUUCUGAGUUUGUUUGCUUGCUUACCAAUGCUGUUCUGGUGUGAACAUUGUUGUUUUCCAAUCUGUAGAGGUGCGUUAAGGGGUUGGUGGACCCUCUGAUGUGUCCUGGGCUGUCUCCUUUUCAAGCACUAUUAUAGUAUAUUGUUCCUGUAAUCUUGUUUAGAAAAUGGUUGGUUGGCGGGUGCUCUGGUUUGGUUUGCUCCUUCUGUCCCAUUAAUUAAAAAUAUAUUUGUCAUUUUCU